CUUUAAUUGAAGUAAAAGCAGGAACGAAUCUUUAUGGCAAGUGUCAAGUUGCAAUGCGUCACUGAUGUCUAAACAGCACCGUUCAUUGGUCUGUGGUAUCCAACAAACUCUUCAUCGACUACACAGUGAAUAGUACUGACUGGCACAUACCAAUGAAUGGUGUUAUCUAAAAUAGCAAUGACUUGACAACUUGUCGUAUGAUCAGAUUAAUUUCCUUUCACCAACAUCCCAUGGCACUGACACACUCUGCACUGCUCAGUGUUCAAGGACACCGUGCCAUCCUGCGAGAACCGUGGUGGACGGCGGGCCAAUGGACAUUGGCCCCACCCCUUGCACAAGCGUGGUGGCGGACGCCUAGCACUGUACGCCUGCGGAUCAUGGCUGGGGCCUGGAUGCUCAUCUCCUUCGUCUUAGCCACCAUCUACCGCUCGAACCUCAAGGCCAUGCUGAUCCUGCCGUACAUCAACCUUCCCUUCAAUUCCGUGGAGGAGUUGGUACAGACAGACAUACUCUGUUAUGUCUUGGAGGAGUCGGUUUAUCUCGCUAAUAUAAAGGUGGAAGACAGAAUUUGGACGGUCUCAUUACCUCCAUCCAUCAGACGAAGUAAGCAUACAAUAAACUUUUCACUUGCAUUGCAGGCCGCUGAGCCAGGUACAGCAGUCAACAAGUUACAGAAGCAGCUGGUAAUACACGGAGACGAUGUGCGAGCCGCCAGGGAUUUCCACCAAGGAAAAAUGGCAGCCAUAUCAAGCACUUUCACCCUAUGGACUCUAACAACCCGAAGUUGUGACUAUUACAUCGCGGACACCCUCUUCACCACCUCCACUUCAUCCUUCAGCUUCUUUUUCCCUAAGGGGUCAGAGUUAAAGCCCAUAGUUAAUUCCAUCCUGCGUCGUCUGAUGGAGGGGGGCAUAAUAGAUCAUUUAUUGCAAUCAAACUUUCAUGAGGCCAAAAAAUGCUACAAGAAGCUUUCCAUCACCUCCACCGCCACCCUCAGGCCACUGGAACUUGGGGAUUUCUACGGAAUUUUCUCGCUCUUUGGAGGAGUUCCAGUAUGUAUCGAGCCUGUGGGCUGGGAGGUGGCAGUGAGGGAGACGGAGGCCCACUCAUUGGGACCAGAUGACGCUGCGCUCAACUUGCAGGUUAAUUUCUCGCGAAAUAAGGCAAAACACAGCAUAAGCGUGUAA